AUGACCUCCAAUGGGGUUGUAAGUAAAGCAGAGAUUAUUCAAUGGACGGAGGAAGCGCUCUCUGCUCUAAAAGAUGCACGGAUACUAUGUACAGAAGCUAGCAUUAUGCUAGAGAAAAUCAAGCACACCUUAACCAUUACUGUACCUGAUAAGAUUGAAUACGCAGAGUUUUUAAUAGAGAAAGUUGGGGUUCAAAAUGGUAGAAUUGGGUCUAUAGUUCAACAAAUACAAAAGAAAGUUCAAGGAGAUUUGAUUGAUACUUUUGAACGGAAAUGGAAUAGUCAAAUGAUUCCUGCAAUGAAAAUAUUGGAUGAUAUUCUAGGUAAAUUAAGUGAAACUAAGAUACCAGAAUUUGUACUAGAUCCAAAUAAUGAGGAUCCAAAUGACGAGUCAAAGGGAUAUCAUCGAUAUCUACGAGAUUUUGUAUCCGAUGAUGCCAUUGAACUGCUUAAAUCCAAUAUACAUAUCCAUGAAACUCGUGCAAGACUAAUUCAUAAAAUGUUAAAGGCAAAAUUUAAUCUGGAUGUUUUAAUUCCCUUCCAAAAGCUUCAAAAAUUUCAAGAUCUGAUUGGUGGUGACAUUCAAAAACAAUUGCAAGUCCUUGAGACGUUGCUGUAUGAACUAAAGGAUAAAACGGGGUUUACUCAAAACGUUUUAAAGGAAAAUGUAUCUUUGGAACUGGAACUAGUAUCACUUCUCGAAAUGCUUACAAAGCAUUAUGACCAGUGUUUACAGGGAAAGAAGUUGUUUACCAACUCUAGAACAGGGUCAGUCAUUGCUAUUGACUCAGAUAUUCUCAGAAAUGAUUCGCAGGCUGUACCAGGAGUCACUGAAGAAUUAAAGACUCUUUAUGACAUGGUAAAACAUAAUAAUGACAGAGUAACUAAGCUUGUUGAUUCUAGACUGCCAUAUUUGAACACUGAGCGUCUUGUUGAAUAUUUGGAUCGUAUACGUCAUUACCAAGCCACCAAUAUCGUGGGGUUUCUGCAAUUGCUUUAUGGUUCAGAGAAAGAGUUGGUUAUUUCUUCUGUUCCUGAUGAAGAUGAAGAUGAUGGUGAUGUACAUGUGGAUCCUCUUGAUACGUAUAUCUCAAUGGUGGGGGAUCUUAGUUUCCAUUACAACAAGUUCUAUCAUAUCUACAAGACCAAAUACCUUAGUGAACUUCAUAAUGAACAAUAUGUGUUCCCUAGGAAGAUUGUAAGGUUGUUGACCGAGUUCUUUGACAAGGACAUGUUACAGUUACAAACAGAAGAAACGGAAAGACGAAGAGCAUGGCUCGCGAAAUAUGGUGACUUCAUCCCUAAAGAGUUUUGGUUACCAGGAGAACAGAGUCAGCCUCACGUGGUGCAGGUAAUCACUGAAGGUGUUGAUGAGAACGAACUUCGACAUGAUCUGGAGAAUGAACAGAGACUCCUACAGCUUAUACGACAAAUGAGGGACAUGAAGUAA